GUGGAGGACUUAAAAAGCAAUCGUUCUAUGAUUAUUUUAGUGCAUGCUUGAAAAGUAUUUCAAAUGUCACGUUGUAUAUUGUUUCUGGCAUGACAAAAUGAACUUUAUAUUUAUCCUGUUGGUGAAUUCUUGUCUAGGUCACCAUUAUAGCAACAAGAGAUUUCCAAAGGAUUUCAUGUUUGGUGUUGCUACUUCAGCUUAUCAAAUUGAAGGCGCAUGGAACGAAGAUGGAAAAUCUGAAAAUAUCUGGGAUUAUGCACUUCACAAAUAUCCAAACCUCACCGUAGAUUACACAAAUGGUGAUGUAGCUUGUGAUUCCUACCACAACGUUGCAGCUGAUGUCGCUAUCUUGAAAGAACUAGGUGUACAACACUAUAGAUUUUCAAUUCCAUGGACAAGGAUUUUACCAAGAGGUUUUCAGAGUGAAAUAAACAUGGAAGCUGUCAUUCAUUAUCAAAACUUCAUCAAGAAACUGAAAAAAAAUGGCAUUGAGCCCAUGGUAACACUAUAUCAUUGGGAUUUGCCACAGAGUCUACAAAAUCUUGGAGGAUUUCUCAACGACUCUCUUCCAGAAUGGUUUGUAGAUUAUGCAAAAGUAUGUUUCCAUUUUUUUGGUAGUGACGUUAAAUAUUGGAUAACUUUCAAUGAACCUGUGCAUAUUUGCCUUGGAGGAUAUGGAUAUGGAUAUUUUGCACCCAAUAUUUAUGGCGAAGCACUUUGGAUUUAUCGCUGUAUAUACAAUGUCUUAUUGGCUCAUGCCAGGACCUGGCAUCUAUAUGAUGAGGAAUUUAGGCUGAUUCAAAAAGGUAAAUUAGCCAUGAGUUUAAAUAAUGACGUUUACAUACCUGCAUCUAACAAAGAAACCGAUAUAGAGGCGGCGGAUAGAUUAUUGCAGUUUAUGCUUGGUAUUUUCGCUAACCCGCUCUAUGUUGGAGAUUUUCCAGAAAUUGUGAAAUUUCGAGUUGCAGAACGAAGUAAAGCAGAAGGAAGAACUCAAUCACGGCUUCCAGAAUUAACUCAAGAAGAAAUUGCAUAUAUAAAAGGCACAUCUGAUUUUUUUGCAUUUAAUGUUUAUACCGCAUACAAGGUAGCUGAUUUAGACUAUGAGCCACCUAUUACUAAUCCUCCGACUAUAUCUGGAGACCAAGGCGUGACUAUCUUUCAGCCUCCAUAUUGGGAGAACACUACAGCUUCUUUUAUAAAGGUAGUACCAUGGACUGGGAGAUAUAUAUUUAAAUGGAUCAAACAUUUAUACAAGAAUCCAGAGAUAUUUGUAACUGAAAAUGGUUAUCCUACUCAUGGAAAUCAGCUUGACGAUAGAAGAAUAUUUUAUAUCAAAAAUUACUUGAACGAUAUAUUGAACUCAAUAUACGAGGACAAUAUCACUUUUCUUGGUUACACAGUUUGGAGUUUGAUGGAUAACUUUCAGUGGAAUUUUGGAUAUACUAAUCAGUUCGGCUUAUACGCUGUGGAUUUCAAGAGUCCAAACAAGAUAAGGACUCCCAGACCUUCUGCAGGCUUUUACCGAAGAAUAAUUGAAAGUAGAUGUCUUGUCAACAAUUGUGUCGACUAAUUUUUGUAUUUAAAUGAAUAUGUGUUUUUGAAUUAUUCAGUAAAAAAAUCUAAGGUCUGAGGACCAAAAAUCAUUUAA